GUGUGGAGGAAUCAAACAUUGUCCUAAGAACUCACGGAUAGUUUCCAGAAUAUUCACAUGGAGGGUGACGACAUGUCAUAGGACAAUCACAAAGAUUUUCCCCAAUGCAUCCAUUGAAGGGGUUGUCAUUUUUUUUUUUCUGAAGUGUUUUGUCAAUAAAUUCUGUUCAUCGCUGCAACUUUUCCAGCGCAUUUUCCCGAUGAAUUUCCACUGAAAUUGGCUGAAAAAAUGCCCUAAUCGUACGAUCGUGCCGCGAGAAAGGUCGCAAUAGUAGUCAAGUGGACGCGCGCUGUGUAUUUAGGCGAAUAUUUGCGCAUUUCUGUGAUAACAAAAAGCCCCAUCCGAGUGUUUUCCUUUAUCUUCCCACAUUCCGUUACUUUUCCUGUCUGCAUCUCCGGGAAAAUUAGCCAUUUCCGCGUGGAUUUUCACUCACUGCAACACAAUGUCUUCGCCACACCAUCAACUUCAGUCGAAUCACGAUCCCAGCUACCUGGUACGACUGCAGAAUCUCCGUCUGGAGGAUGGUGGUCAGGAGGCACGAGGGUAUCACAGAGCAGCUGUGGGGGGUGCCAAGAAGUCCGGGUACUUCCCCAAUAAUAGCCCAACGCACUCCCAUUCACAUUCCGGCUCUUCGCAGCAUUCCGACAGUCCCAGGGCCAGCUUCACCACUCCCGGAGGUGCUCCGGGACCCGUGUACGAGAACAUGGAGUACAUUGGGCCAGAUCAGGGUACCUACUAUGGGAAUUUUGAGUGCACCAAUAAACGGGCACAGCCACAAGUGCCGGUGACGGGUUCAUUGACACCGGCUGCAAAUCUGGGCAAUGUGAGUCGCUAUGCGCACACUCCACAACCCGAAGUUGAACCCCAGGUGCACAUUUAUGAGAAUCUGCACAUUGUCUCGGGGCAGAGGGCACAGCCACAGGCAUCCCCAGGUCAAGCUGUCUACUACCAUCGCACGGACAGCCCCUCCGCCACUCCGUCGCACUCGUAUCAAACCACAAUGGUGGCCCCAUCAGUUGCCACAACACUCAACAAGGCCCAAUCCAAUGGGAGCCCCCAUCAUUCCCACAGCAGCUCCGGGGCAUCGUCCAAAAGUCACUAUUCCCAGCUCAAUAGUUUCCCUCCCAAGGCUGCCAUGGUGCAGUACCACCAUCCCCCGAUCCCACUCUCCCAGCAACCUCAGCAAGCCCAAACACCCCACUAUCAACCCAUGAAACCCAUCAUUCCCAAUCCCAUCUACCAAAACACCUCAGCGGCUUCCCUGCAAACGACCUCUGGGCUGUAUGAGUACCAGAAGUCCCCAAAACACUUUGCCUAUCUACCCCAGAAUGUGUACGAUCCCAAGAAGUACUCACCGCUGCAGAAAACUCCGGACGACAUCAAUGGAUCCGAUUAUGUUUGCAUGUCAGCCGGGACAUUGUCGCAAAUUCAUUCUCAGGCAGCUCCUGUCUUCUCCACAACAUCCUCCACGAAUAAUCCGACAAAAGUCACGGCGUACGUUGCAGGACCCGCCAUGGCUGUUGUCCUGCCCCCAUCUGCGGCUAAACAAAUGCCCGAAGUCCCAGAACCGCUGCCACCUAAGCCGCAGCAGAAGAAGCCCCCGUCGCCACCUGUGCAGGUGCAAGUGGCGAAGAAACUUGAGACUCCGCAGGAGAGGGAAUCUCUAGCUGAGGCUGCUUCGCCAACUCCAUCCCAGCACAGCAGUGGCAGUGGAUCCGGAAGACCAAAAGGUCUUUCAAAGAAUCUUCUCCCGUACAAUGUGACACCCCCACGAGGUACGGGCCCCACUGAGGCUGAGCGGAAGAUUGAGGAGCUCACGCGGCAGCUUGAGGAGGAAAUGGAGCGCAAUGAGGAGCAAGGAGAGUACUUUGGAAUCUGCCACACGUGUGGUGACAAAGUAACCGGAGCUGGACAAGCUUGCCAGGCGAUGGGUAAUCUCUAUCAUACCAAUUGCUUCAUUUGCUGCUCAUGCGGAAGGGCACUCCGUGGCAAGGCGUUCUACAACGUUCACGGACGUGUCUACUGCGAGGAAGAUUACAUGUAUUCUGGAUUCCAACAGACAGCGGAAAAAUGUGCAAUUUGCGGACAUUUAAUAAUGGAAAUGAUUCUCCAAGCAAUGGGAAAAUCCUACCAUCCAGGAUGCUUCCGUUGUUGCGUGUGCAAUGAAUGCCUCGAUGGGGUACCCUUUACUGUGGAUGUCGACAAUAAAAUCUACUGUGUCAACGAUUACCAUCGAAUGUUUGCCCCCAAAUGUGCCAGCUGUGGCAAAGGCAUUACGCCCGUGGAGGGAACAGAAGAGACUGUGAGGGUGGUUUCAAUGGACAAGGACUUCCACGUGGAUUGCUACAUCUGCGAGGAAUGUGGGAUGCAGUUGACGGAUGAGCCGGACAAGAGGUGCUACCCCUUUGAGGGGCGCCUCAUGUGCCGUGCGUGUCACAUUCAGAAAAUCUCAAUGCAGCCCCACAAUCGCGUCAUUGAGCCCGUCUCAGCGAGUUAUCAGUACAUGGGCUAGAUAGAGAGAUUUUUCUCUUCUCGAUAAAGCUUUCUUUUUUAUCAAAAUAACCCGAAUUCAAUUUUAAAAAAAAUUCACAUAGAAUGUUGUGAAGAAAAAGAGAUAAAUUAAAUGCCAAUGGAUUUUU